CCCCGUUCCUUUUUCCUCUCCCGGUUUUUAUCAUGGCUGCCACUGUUCUGUGGCUGUGUGCCGUGCACGGCACCUCUCUCGUGGAUGGAAGAACCGCAGAACAGCCGUCACCACGAGCCACGGGCUUCAUGCACAGACGUGCACAUGCAGGCGCAUCGAGGUUGAGAUCUUCCUCCAGGCUGCAGGCAUCGAGGGUGGCUGAGGGGGUUGCAAAGACGGCCUCGUCAGUCAGAUUGGUGAGAGUGAUGCAGACAGAAUGCGGCAGACCGAGAAAGACCGCUCCGUGUGUGUGUGUGUGUGUCAGAGUGGGCUGCCGACAGAGGGCCGUCUGUUUAUCGACGGGGAAUUUGUCGAGUCGUCGGCGCUAGAGACCUUCAAAACACACGACCCGGCCACAGGAGAUCUCAUUGCCACCGUCCAACAGGCCAAGUAGGUGACAUUGAUUUGGUCCAUGCUGACCCGUGUGGCAAUGGCUGUGAAGAGUCACUCACGUGCUGUGUGUCCGUUCAGUGAGGAAGAUGUUAACAAGGCAGUGGCUGCUGCCAAGAGAGGUGAGCACUGCACCCAUGCACGCAAAUACCUCCACAUCGAGGUGCAUGGAUCUGUCUGCCUGUGGCUGGCUCGUGCCGUCAGCCUUUCCAAACUGGUCCCAGGCUGACGGUCGCUUCCGUCGGGACUGUCUCUACCGCUUGGCGGAUCUGAUGGAAAGGCACAUCGACGAGUUGGCAGAGAUGGAGAGCCGAGACAGUGGGAAGCCCAUCACUGAAGCCAAGUACCUAUGCAGACAAAGAGGGGGUUCUCUUACACACUCCUGGUCUCUGUGUGUGCUGCUCUUGGCCCCCUUCCCAACCACACACCUCCAGGACGGUUGAUCUGCCGCUGGCCAUAGAGGCAAUCCGGUAUUAUGCUGGAUGGGCUGACAAGAUCCAGGGCGACACCAUCCCACUUAGCAAUCACCACAGCACGCUCGCCUACUCGACGAGGGAGCCCGUCGGCGUCUGUGGCCAACUCAUACCCUGGAACUUCCCCCUGCUCAUGUUCUCUUGGAAGACGGGUAUGUGCAGACAAAACAAACCCACGCACACAGACAGGAACCGUUCGCCAUCUGAUGUGGCUGUGAUGUGUCCUGCAGGUCCGGCCAUGGCGACUGGCUGCACAACUGUGAUGAAGGCCAGCCAGAAGACGCCCGUGACGGCUGCCAUGUUGGGCCAUCUGAUCAAAGAGGCAGGCUUCCCACCGGGCGUCAUCAACAUCCUCCAGGGGCCUGGUCGUGUGAUCGGCGACACACUGAUCAACCACCCUGAUGUGGCCAAGAUCGCCUACACGGGUUCCACUGCACAGGGGCGACGCAUCAUGCGUGCCUGUGCCGAAGCGGGCAUGAAGCGUGUGUCGCUCGAGCUCGGCGGCAAGAGCCCGCUUAUUGUGCUCGACGACGCAGACCUGGACCAGGCGGUCAAAGCCGCAUGCCAGGGGUGCUUCUCAAACAUGGGUCAGUGGCGAAGGCGUCACGUGUCUGUCCGACUGAUGUGCGUGUGUGUGUGUGUGUGUGUCGGUGUGUGUGAGCGUAGGCCAAUGCUGCAUAGCGUCCACCCGAAUCUACGUCCAGGCGGGGGUGUAUGACGAAUUCCUCAGACGCGUCGGCGAAUGCGCAGCGGGUAUACACAGACACUCUCAGACUAUAGGUCACGCACAGACGCGAUGAUGUCCUGUCUGCAUGAUCAGCACGCACAAUCGGGUCGCCGCUGGACGCUGCAACGGUGCACGGCCCUCAGAUAGGGGAGAAACAAAUCGAGACCAUCCUGGCCUAUGUCGAGGGUGCACACAAGGACGGCGCCAGGCUCAUCUGCGGCGGCAAGAAGACCAGCGUCGAUGGAAAGUAAGACAGGCACAGGGGACCUUACCACGCAUCAUCUGACGGGCGUGGUGCGUCUGCAUGUUUGCGCAUGUGUGUGCAUGUGUGCAGGGGCCACUAUUUCGAGCCGACGGUGUUUGCAGAUGUCAGUGACGAUAUGGCGAUCAGCGAGGAAGAGAUAUUCGGUAUGGCGAUCGCCUCGCCUGCGCAUUGGCCCGAAGUAUCUGUUGUCGAUUGUAGGCCCCGUCAUGUCGGUGCACAAGUUCAAGACCGUCGACGAGGCCGUCGAGCGCGCCAACGCCAGUCAAUACGGGCUAGGCGCUGGCGUGUGCACUCGCGACGUCGGCAAGGCUCACUCGAUCGCGCGGAGGCUGCAGGCCGGCACCGUCUACAUCAACACGUGGAACCAACUCGACGCCGCCGCGCCAUUUGGAGGGUUCAAGCAGAGCGGACAGCACAGGGAGCUGGGGGAGGCUGGGUUGGAGCCCUACACGGAACUCAAGACCGUGGUAGCGGACAUAUCGUAUCGGUCGGAGCAGUGAAGGGCGCGACUCGACGAAGUAGUGUCACGUGUGUGAUGGAUGCAUGUGUGAUGUACAUGUGCACACGUAUGUGCGUGCGCGGUUUGUGGAUAGGAGCAUGGAUCGGCGGGGCAGCAGCCCUGUCAGUGCAUGUUUGUGUCUUUCUGUGCAGUUUCUGGAGCAUGUGUGAUGCAAUACCAUGGUGUACUUUCUGGUGAUCGAUGCCGACCGCAGCUAGACAUACUUUCUGAUGGUGCAUGUCAUGUCUCGCAUUCAUGAUCACUCGGAACGGUUGGGAGCGAUGUGACGACGAUAUAAGUUCUGAGUCUUGACACCCGAGCCGACCGUUUACAUAUGCAUUCGAAUCACCCGAGAAUUGCAUCGACAAUUCAUCCGCAGUCCUUGUCGUGCACGUGAGCGACAUCCCGCUGACCCGUCACGGUCGUUUGUGUGUCGGCUGUGUGUUACGAUGAGCAAUCGAAGCA